AUGGGUGACGAUGUCGGCAAAGGACUGGGCAACUGGAGCUCCCUCAUCGGCAUUAUCACGGCCAUCUCCGGCAAUGUCCUAAUUGCACUGGCUCUGAACGUGCAGAGGUACUCCCAUAUUCAACUCAACCGCAAGCGGGUCGAGAACCGGGAGCGAGCACGGCAAGCUUUGAAACGCGCCCAAGGACGUGGCCAAAACGGUUACGGAUCUCUAGACGGGAACAGGGACAGUUAUUUCGGCGUGGACGGGGGCGAUGACGCAGAAGAUGCGGACGAGGCACAACCAUUGCGCCAAUCUUUCCAGUACAGCCAGACGGACGACUCCAAGGACGACGAGGUCUCCUCAAACUACCUCAAGUCUCCCUCUUGGUGGCUUGGCCAAGUUCUAAUGACCGUGGGCGAAAUGGGCAACUUCCUGGCUUAUGGUUUUGCGCCCGCUUCGAUCGUGUCGCCGCUCGGAGUCGUUGCCCUUAUUUCCAACUGUGUCAUUGCGCCGAUCUUCUUUGGGGAACACUUUCGGAAGCGCGACUUUUGGGGUGUCGUUAUUGCCGUCCUCGGCGCCGUGACAGUGGUGCUCAGCGCAAAGACAGAAGAGACGAAGCUGGAGCCGCAUGACGUUUGGGAUGCCAUCACGACCAUGGAGUUUGAAAUCUACAUGGGCGUCACCAUUUCUUUCAUCGUGGUACUAAUGUGGGCCAGUCCAAGAUAUGGCAAUCGGACAAUACUGAUUGACCUGGGCCUCGUGGGUUUGUUUGGUGGCUAUACUGCUCUGACUACUAAAGGCGUCUCCUCUAUGCUGUCGUCGACUCUGUGGAGGGCCUUCACCACGCCCGUCACUUAUGGGCUGCUGGUUGUACUCUUGGGCACGGCCGUAAUGCAAGUGCGUUAUGUCAACAAGGCAUUGCAGCGCUUCGACUCUACUCAAGUUAUUCCUGUGCAGUUCGUCACCUUCACACUGUCUGUCAUCAUUGGCAGCGCUGUGCUCUAUCGGGAUUUUGAAAACGCCACAACCCAGCAAGCCAUCAAGUUUGCCGGAGGUUGUGCCCUCACGUUUUUUGGUGUUUUCUUAAUCACCAGCGGCAGACACUCACACGACGAAGACGAGGAGCACUUGUCAGAUGACGAAGACGUCGAAGAGACUAUUGGGCUGCGGCGUCAGCGUUCCAGUGGUUCUUUUGACGAGUCUCGGCAGCGAAAUGCAAAGCCGCCACAGCACACACCAUCGAACAGAUCAUCGCGUCGUCCGUCUCUUAGCUCUAGGGGUGUCAGCUUUGCCGACGAUGUUGCGCAGCCUGCGAAUCACGGUGGUGGUGUAAUGAUAGCAUCUGCUCGUUCUUCGGAGUCGCCCGCAACCCGGCCACUUCUGCCUCCUCUGGACGAGCCCUCGCCGGUGUUCGAUAGCCCGUGGCAGAGCUCAUCUCAGGGGCACCCAUCUUCGCGACCCAAUUAUCCAUCCGUAUUCGUCUCCAACGAUAGCAUCGCCACAUACGAGUCGGGUCCGUCCAUCGCCGCACAGUCAGAGGCCUUGCAAUCCACAAAGAGCCUGCCACCACCGUCAGCAGACUCGCCCCUUCAGGAGAGACCGACCACACCUCCACAGCGUCAUUCGAUAUCCUUGAGUCGCCCAGUUGGGAGCCACUACUCAAACAAGUUUAUCUCACCUUCGCCUCUGUCAUCAACAGUCACGGCCGUUGUCGGCGACUCGUUGAGGGGAGAGCCUACAGGCUUGUCCCCGAGAAAGUCCAAUAGGCGACUGCGCCCAAGCAUUCGGAACUCUUUGUUUGUGCCGUACGAUGAAGACGACGAUCUGGGUUCCCCGACAGCGAACUCUCACUCUCGAAGUGUGACGGACAAUGAACCACUGAUGAAUGGCCAGGGGGUCGAUAACCCAGACCAGGAUUCCCCAAGCACGAGGCGGAGAGCAAACUCCCUCGGCGCUACCCUCGAGACGAUUUUCGGGCGCAAGAAGAAGACGCGCUCAUCCACUAUUGACACGGUGACGGGAGAGACUCGGCAGAGUCGUGAGAGCAGCAGCGGUCCUGGCGCGGGUUCGUCUGGCGGAAGCGAGCAAUAG